AUGGAUAACUGAGCUUACGCCCUAAUUCAUGGCUAUAUCUCCUUGCUAGAAGUCAUUGGAAAUUUCCAGAACUCUGUAGAAGUUUCUCAAGGAAGAAGUAUGACAUAUGAUACUGCAUCAGGUGCCCAAGUGAAUACACCAACAGGCUUCGACUCUACUUCUGUGUUAAACUUACUUUUUAUGGCAUUCCUUGUUGGUAUUAUCCUGAAUUACUACCUUACGGGAUUUCUAAGUGGCAGACGUAAAGCAGGAUCUUGGGGGAACCCUCUCACAGAAUCUACUGUCUCAGAGACUAAUUUCAACAAACACUGAAGAAAAGAUGAUGAUUCUGAUUCAUCAACUUUCUAGAUAACUCCACGUGUAUUCAUUUUAAUUUCAAUCACCAACAAAUUC